GAUUUUAAAAGGAAUCUGGCUUUUUUGCAACGGGUUUGCCGCCAGGACACAGGUGUCAUGAAAACCACUGCUAAACCUCAGCAAAAAUGGGAAAGGAGAAGACCCACAUCAACAUCGUUGUCAUUGGACACGUAGAUUCAGGGAAGUCUACCACUCCUGGCCUUCUGAUCUACAAAUGUGGUGGGACUGACAAGAGAGCCAUUGAAGAGUUAGAGAAGGAGGCUACUGAGAUGGGAAAGGGCUCCUUCCAGUAUGCCUGGGUCCUGGACAAACUGAAAGCCGAACACGAGUGUGGUAUCACCACUGAUAUCUCCCUGUGGAAAUUCGAGACCAGCGAGUACUAUGUGACCACCAUUGAUGCCCCAGGACACAGAGACGUCAUCAAAAACAUGAUUACAGGCACAUCCCAGGCUGACUGUGCUGUCCUGAUUGUCGCUGCUGGCGUUGGUGAAUUUGAAGCAGCUGUUUCCAAGCAUGGGCAGACCCAGGAGCAUGCCCUUCUGGCCUACACUCUGGCUGUGAAACAACUCAUUGCUGGAGUUAACAAAAUGGAUUCCACUGAGCCACCCUACAGCCGGAAGAGAUGCGAGGAAACUGUUAAAGAAGUCAGCACCUCCAUUCAGAAAAUUGGCUACAACCCUGACACAGCAGCAUUUGUGCCAAUUUCUGGCUGGAAUGGUGACAACGUGCUGGAGCCAAGUGCUGACAUGCCGUGGUUCAAGGGAUGGAGAGUCACCCGUGAAGAUGACAAUGCCGGUGGAACCACCACACUGCUUGAAGCUCUGGAUUGCAUCCUGCCCCCAACUCGCUCAAAUGACAAGCCCCUGCGUUUGCCCCCUCAGGACGUCUACAAAAUUGGUGGUAUCGGUACUGUCCCUGUGGGUCGGGUGGAGACUGGUGUUCUCCAACCUGGCAUGGUGGUCACCUUUGCUCCAGUCAACGUGACAACUGAAGUGAAGUCUGUCGAAACGCACCAUGAAGCUUUGAGUGAAGCCCUUCCUGGGCACAGUGUGGGCUUCCAUGUCAAGAACGCGUCUGUCAAAGAUGUUCGUCGUGGCAAUGUGGCCGGUGAGAGCAAAAGUGACCCACCGACGGAAGCAGCUGGCUUCACAGCUCAGGCGGUUAUCUUGAACCAUCCAGGCCAAAGCAGUGCUGGCUAUGCACCUGUGCCGGAUUGUCACACAGCUCACGCUGCUGGCAAGUUUGCUGAGCUGGAGAAGAUUCACCAUUGUUCUGGGAAAAAGGUGGAAGAUGGACCCAAAUUCUUGAAAUCUGGUGAUGCUGCCAUCGUUGAUAUGGUUUCUGGCAAACCCAUGUGUGCUGAGAGCUUCUCUGACUAUCCUCCUCUGGGCCAUUUUGCUGUUCAUGACAUGAGACAUACGGUUGCUGUGGAUGUCAUCAAAGCAGUGGACAAGAAGGUAGCUGGAGCUGGCAAGGUCACCAAGUCUGCCCAGAAAGCUCAGAAGGCUAAAUGAAUAUUAUCCCCAAUACCUGCCACCCCAGUCUUAAUCAGUGGUGGAAGAACAGCCUCAGAACUAUAUGUCUCAAUUGGCCAUUUAAGUUUAAUAGCAAAAGACUGGUUAAUGAUAACAAUGCGUCGUAAAACCUUCGGAAGGAAAGGAGAAUGUGUUGUGGACCAUUUGCUUUGCGUGUGGCAGUUUUAAGUUAUUAGUUUUUAAACUCAGUACUUUGUAAUGGAAAGAACUUGACCAAAAAUCUGUCACAGAAUUUGAGACUCAUUAAAAAAGUUUAAUGAGGAAAAAAAAAAAAAAAAGGAAUCUGUUAUGUAGGCCCAGGAGUGCCGUUAGAAAUUUUGUUCCUUUGUUUCCAUAUCUGAAGGAUUUAGAUAUGUGUCUUAUCCGGCCAACCCCUAAAUCCCCCACUGGUCUAUUUAUUACUGCUACACACAACAGAAUUAGGACUUGACAUGGGAUCUCUGGAAGGUAACAGUGCUGUGGCAUCAAUUUUUGUUAAUGUACUGAGUAUUUGAGAAGAGGGUACACCUAAAGAGCACAAAGAAGGGAGGGGUGGCCAAGCUGUGGUCAAGAAGAUGAAUCUACAAGAACGAUUUUGCUGCAAAGGAGAACCAAAAGUGGAAGCUGACUACAUAAAAGAUAAAGCAUUAGAAAUAAAGCUUGCACGAAAGGCCACAGGUAUAUGAAAGCCAGAGUGAUUUCAGCUUGGGGACACCUGGGACAUUACUAUAUAUGCCCAAUUGCUCCAGGGACUGAAGGAGGACAUAGCAAAAGCCCUGGUGUUUAAAAAAGAUGCUCAACAACACACGCAGCUAUGAUCUUGCUCCCUCAUACCUUCCACCUUAUUUCUAACCUCCUCGGGUGUCCACCCUUGCACAUGUCACAUGCAUGGCCCUGCUCCUACCUCGCUCCCCAUGUGCCAUCAGGGACACAGGCUGUGGCUUCUGUCCUGCAUGGUACUUAAUGCUCUAAUUUCGCAAUUAAUAUCAAACCACUAAUAGUCAUUAGAGACCUAAUAUUUUAGACUAACAUUAGAAUUACAUUUAAUUAAAUUUAAUAAAUAAAUUGUAAUGAGUAACAUAGAGCUGGGAUGUCUCUUUAAUGGAAUCCAUGGAAACAUGACUGAGAUUAUCAAGGUUUUCUAUUCAAACUUUUAGAAUCAAUGUUGGUUAUAUUUUCCUUCUGAUUCCCACUGUAGAACAGAAAUGUUUUUAUUUGUUUUUAAUUUUUAUUGGAGUAUAGUUGCUUUACAAUAUUGUGUUAGUUUAUACUGCACAGCAAAGUGAAUCAGCUAUGUGUAUAUGUAUACACAUAUCCCCUCUUUUCUGGAUUUCCUUCUCAUUUAGGUCACCACAGAGCACUGAGUAGAGUUCCCUGUGCUAUACAGUAGGUUCUCAUUAGUAAUCUACUUUAUACAUAGUAUCAGUAGUGUAUAGAUGUUAAUCCCAAUCUCCCAAUUCAUCCUACCACCUCCCUUUUCCCCUUGGUAUCCAUACAUUUGUUCUCUGUUUGUUCUCUACGUCUGUGUCUCUACAGAAAUGCUUUUAAAUAUCUCUGGAGUUACAGUUAGGUGUUUUUUUUUUUUUUCACUUGGGAUUUUUGUUUUAUUUUGUUUUGCUUUGCUGUUUAAAAACCACAGCAAUGAUGGAGGCUUAAAAGAGAAAACUAGUACCUAUUUAAAUAUAUAGUAGAGGUCAAAAAACAAUCUGAAUUCAAAUGAGAUUUCUAAAAAUACAUACAUAUUUCCUUUCUGAUUUCUACAGAUUUGUUCACUCCUUAAAAACUUUUAUGCUAUUUUGGGAUUUUUACUGCAAAGCCAAGAUAAGUGCUGAUUUUUAUCUGUUGAGGGUGUUUCCUACUCAGAAAAAC